AUGUCACUUAUUCUAGCAUCGUCUGAUUCUAUGCAUUCAAUAAAUCGAAUUAACGCAGCCAUAGAUAAAAUACAAUAUCAUUCCAACCUUGGUAACUGUUUCGAAAAAGUUAAAACAAACAAGAAUUCUCAGAAUUUAUGUUUUACUUCAUCGGAAAUAUUCGAUAAUACCAUCGCAUCAUCGAAUAUUAUACAAUGUUCAAAAGAAUUCAGUAAUGCAGCAGUGAUUCCGCCUUGUCACACGAGUCGAUUACCAACAUUACAAAAUAUAAAAGAAAAUGAAUCCAUGAAGAAAAAUCUAUCUGAAAUCAUUAAUAGAAAUGAAAAAUUCGAAUCUAAAAAUCAAAUAUCUAGUCCAGUAAUUCCAAGUCCUUGCAUUUCUCUUUGGGAAAAUAUAUCAAAUGAAAAAAUUCAACCUCAAAACAAGAAUUAUCAUUUUACUUUCAUAGACAUACAUCAAGAAGAUCAAAAAAGAAAUUCCACUAACCAUAAUCAAAAUUCUUAUUCAUCAAAUGCAUUAUUUACAUUUAUUACGCGUCAACAAUAUUUAAAAGAGCGACAAAUACUGAAUGAGCACAUUUUAUAUAAUAGACGAACGAAACCUUCUUAG